GCAAGUACGUCGUAAAUCCAUCGAUCCACUCCUCGUGGAAGUAGGGUGCAUCGCAGCAGCAGCAGCCACCAUGACGGCAACCCGGCGGAUCGCGGCGGCGGCGGCCGUUGCGCUCGUCGUCCUCGCCGCUGCAGCCGGCCUGGCCACGGCGGCGAGCCACGACGACUGCGAGAUGGCGCAGGAGGCGUUCAGCGACUGCGUUAACUACGUGGUGGGCCAAGACGCCGCGGUCACGCAGGACUGCUGCAGGGGCCUCGGCGACGUCAGGGAACUGGGGGACACCAUCGCGAAGCGCCGCACCCUCUGCGCGUGCAUCCUGGAGGAAGCGAUCGCCGCCGCCGGCAAGGUGGACCCGGCACGCGCCGCCGCCCUCCCCGCCGCGUGUAAGGUGCAAGUUGGCUUCAUCCCGACAAAGCCCGACUUUGACUGCUCAACGUAA